AUGGGAGAAUCGACCCUUUUCUCUCCAGCUCCCCCGCUUCACAGCAGCGGCAGCGCUGGAAUUGCCAAAGUCCAAGUCGUCCCAAGCGACUGGGACCCGAGAUUGCGCGAGCGGUGUCUCGAAGACGACGACGACGACGACGACGACGACGACGACCCUUCUCCCCUUUGGCGGAACCCAUCCAUGACCCGUCGGGAUCGCGUGAUGCAGGGCAGAGGAGGCGUCUUGAAAUAAGCAUUCUUGUAUGCCACCACCCCGGAACCGGCGCGGCCUGCCAACCUCCCCUCAACGGCCCAGAGUUUCCGUUCAGAGGUCGUUUAGAUUAAUCGCACCUUUGGUCUUUUGGAUGGCAACAUUGGCUGCCGGCUGCACCCCCGUCUUAGUCUAGCCCGUUCCGUCCGCCGCCGUGGGACACACACACCCCUGCCCGCCCCCCCCGGACUC